AUGGAUCACAACACUUCAGGAACUAUGGCAUCACUUGCCGCUUGGUUACCAUUUGCUCGUGCUGCAGCUAUAGGAUGGGUACCUAUAUCGAGGCAACCUAUGCCACCAGCACCAGUAAGUAUACAGGCAAGAGAUCUGGCGAUCGAUCAUGUAUCUGAUGAGAAACUUUUGAUUAAUAUAUCAGGUCGACGCUUCGAAACCUGGCGAAAUACUCUCGAAAAAUUUCCUGAGACUUUACUCGGCUCAAAUGAAAAAGAGUUUUUCUAUGACGAAGACUCAUGCGAAUAUUUUUUCGAUCGUGAUCCGGAUAUUUUUCGGCACAUCCUUACAUUCUACAGGACAGGAAAAUUACACUAUCCAAAGCAAGAGUGCCUUGUUGCAUAUGAAGAAGAAUUAUCAUUUUUCGGUAUAAUGCCAGAUCUUAUUAGUGAUUGCUGCUACGAAGAUUAUAAAGAUAAAAAGCGCGAAAAUCAAGAGCGACUGAUGGAAGAGCGCUUAGAAAGUGCGGACAAAAAGAAGAAAAAUUUAUCUUUUCAAGAAAAAAUGUGGGCAGCUUUCGAGAAUCCUCACACAUCUUCAGUAGCUCUUGUUUUCUAUUAUGUGACAGGAUUUUUCAUUGCCGUAUCUGUUUUAUGCAAUAUCAUUGAGACAGUACCAUGUAAAUAUGUAAUCAGUGGUUCUAAUAUAUCGUGCGGCGAUUUAUAUGAAAAACAGUUUUUUGUAUUAGACACGGCUUGCGUUGUUAUAUUUACCGUGGAAUAUAUGGCAAGGUUAUUUGCUGCUCCUGACCGAUGUAAAUUUUUACGUUCAAUAAUGAGCGUCAUUGAUGUCGUUGCAAUUCUUCCAUAUUAUAUUGGACUUGGUCUCACAAAUAAUAAAGAUGUUUCUGGUGCAUUUGUCACACUUCGUGUUUUUCGUGUUUUUCGUAUUUUCAAGUUCUCGCGGCAUUCGCAAGGAUUAAGAAUACUUGGUUAUACAUUAAAAUCUUGUGCUAGUGAACUUGGAUUUCUCGUAUUCUCUCUUGCAAUGGCGAUUAUUAUUUUUGCAACAAUAAUGUAUUAUGCCGAGAAAAAAGUAUUCGAUACCAAAUUCACAUCAAUUCCAGCUGCUUUCUGGUACACUAUCGUUACAAUGACCACACUAGGUUACGGUGAUAUGGUACCAGCAACAAUUAUGGGUAAAAUUGUAGGGGGAGUUUGUUCGCUUAGUGGUGUACUCGUUAUUGCACUUCCAGUGCCUGUAAUCGUGAGUAAUUUUUCAAGAAUUUAUCACCAAAAUCAACGAGCUGAUAAACGAAGAGCACAGAAGAAAGCAAGGCUCGCUCGGAUACGCAUAGUUAAAAGUGCGAGUGGACAAGCUAUGUAUGCGAAAAAGAAAGCUCAUGAAGCACGUAUGCGAGCAUUCGAAGAAGGAUUGCUUAGCUCUGAUGAUUUGAAAGAAGAAGAUAUAUUCGAAAUUCAACACCAGCAUUUAUUGCAAUGUCUCGAGAAAGCUACAGUUUAG